UUAUCUCUCCCGUACUCUGUGCUGAUUAGUGAUUAUGAAAAAUGAAUAACGAUACUGGAAAUACCAUGCUGGCAUUCUAACAAUUCAAAGUUGUUUCUUAAAUUCCAGAUAAGCUGUUUUCUGUCAUUUGAAUUUCAGUUUUUCAUGCUUUACAUUCUAGUUACCGCCGUGUUACAUCUUCGUGAGGUAAUCUGAACUCUGUAGUAGUGUAGUUUUGUACUGACUGAACUGUACUACCACAAGCCAGUAAGCCACAGACGACUACAAUUCAUUGUUAGUUCUUAUUAUCUCUAUUAUUAAAAAGUCGACCUAAAACAUACGUCUGGAUCGUGAAUAACCAUAUUUUACAGAUAUAUAUGAUGGGAAAAGUAAAGACUAAAAGGAAAAGUCUAGGUUCAUUAAAAAACCGGCUGCGGUCUUCUAAGAAGUUGGUUGACAAUGAAAUUAUGUCAAAAACAGUUGCCAUAAACAUUAAUGAAUCAAUUAAUGCAAGUGCGGUUGAUGUAACAGAGGGUAAUAAUGACAAUUCACUUUCUACUGAUGAGCUUGAAAGUAUAAAAUCGGUUUCUUCCAAAGUAUCCAACAUUACUAAUGAUGAAAUUAUCGAUAUAACUGAUAUUACUACUGAUAGUAUUACUCUUGAGAACUCCCAAACUGUAGAUCAUAAAAAAAGAGGACUUAAUAUUGAUCAUGACGAAAUAAUAGAUAUUACUGAUACUACUAUUACGAGCAAUGCAAAUGAAGGGGAUGUCCCUAAACAAUUUCCAAGGAAUACAAUAUUGAUUGAUGAUGAUGAUGUCCAAAUUAUUGAUGAUCCUACUCUUGGUCAAAAUAAGUCUAUAGAACUUAUUACUAUAUCGGAUGAAAGUGAUGAAGAAAAUACAUCAAACGAACAGUUAAUUAUUAAACCAAGUCGUUUAAAAUCUGUACACGAGCGUUUAGGUAUUCCUACAACCAGCACAAUUAAGAGCUCAUAUAAUAGUCCAUUACGUAAUCGUAAAAGAAAAUGGGAAGAAGAAAAUAUAACUAAAUUUAAUUAUUUGAGUGACAACUUAGGAGGAUUUAUUAUUGAUAAACAAAAAAUGUCUUCUAACUCACAGAAUUUUAUUGCAUUAAAUAAAAAACCUGUUAAAAUUGUCAAGCCACACGUAUCUUCAAAAGGUACAACUUCUAACACUAAUAGAAAGCUACGACCAAUCAUCAUUGAUGGUUUAAAUAUUGGAUUUGCACAUGGUUCAGGAACGUUUUCAGGAAAAGGCAUUGAAUUAUGUAUACAAUUUUUCACUGAUCGAGGCCAUAAAGAUGUGAUAGCAUUCAUUCCACAACAUCGACAGGGACCACCUGGGUCUGAAUCGAAUACCAUCUUAAAUAAUUUAGAUAAAAAAGGGCAAAUUUGUUUUACACCUAGCAGAAAAGUCCAAAACUUAAGGAUGACAUGUCAUGAUGACCGAAUUAUACUCAACUAUGCCCAUAAAUGUGAUGGAGUGGUGGUUUCAAAUGACAACUAUCGAGAUUUAUAUGAUGAAAGUGAAGCAUUCAAAGAUAUCAUUGAAAAUAGGCAAGUAAUGGUCACAUUUGUCAGGGAUGAAAUAAUUGUUCCAGAAGACCAAUACAAUCGAAAGUCCACUAUCCGAUCUCUUUCAGAUAUUCUGUGUUUUCCAGAAUAAAUUUAUACCGUUUUACAGUUUUAAUAUACUUCAACAAAGUAAUAUUUUAAUUACAAGUGAAAAUGAAAUCUCCAUGUAUAUUUUUUAUAACUCAUACCAAAUUCAAGUUGAA